UGUCAAACGUAUAAUUUUUCAAUUUUAAUUUUUUUUACGUGCGAGCAUUUUGUGAAGCAAACAUUUUAUUUUGUCGAUGGACCUGAUAUGUAGACUGAGGCAGAUCGUCCAACAUCCAAAGUUCAGAAGAUUCUGGACAACAUGGCGAAUCCUUAUGUGGAAAGCCGUACUCAUGAGGCUAGAUAGUCCGAUAAGCACUACAUUGGAAAUUGUUAUAGCUAUUGUCUUUUCGCUGCAGAUACGUUUGAUAUUUGAACCCGCUCUUUAUCCUCAGGAUUUGAAGCAACACAGUCGAGAUGACAUUUUAAAAAAGUUGCCAGAAGAUGUGCAAUGCUGGUACGCACCAAAACAUGCGUUUCUCGACGAGUUAAUGUCAAAAGUCGCUGGAAUGCUGCAUAAAAAUAUUCAAGCAGCUGAUAACGAGAUUACUCUCGUACAUUCACGUUACACGAGAAAUGAUACAUCCAAGGUAUUGUGGGCGAUAUUUGAGAUCGAUAAGUAUAGAUCUGGAAAUCCGAAAGUUUUACAAUAUAAAAUACGUUCUUCGGAAAUAGGCGAAAAUCGAAUAAUUAUGAUGCAUGAAGAAGAACCGUUUUAUGAAGAUCCGUAUAUGUCAAGUGGCUUUAUGGCCUUGCAAAUAGCAAUUGAAAAAUCUUUCAUAGAAUUAUGGACGGAUUCGACAUUACCGAAGAUUGCUGAUAAUUUUACUGUUAGUCGAUUUCCGUUUUACAAAAUGGAUGUUUUGCUCUUGCCGUCUGUCAUUCGUCACAACAUUAGUGUAAUUUAUUACAUGAUGGUCAUCGCUUUUUUUCUGUUACCAGCGACGACAUUGAAGAAGGCACUUUAUGAUAAGGAAACUGGAUUCAGAAGUCUUAUGAAAUUGACGAAUAUGUCUUUUGCGAUGUUGUACGUCGGAUGGCUUAGUUAUCUCAUGAUCUCCUUAUUACCCAUAACAAUUAUAUGCACGAUCCUGCUAAAUCCUGUGUUUAUGGCCGCAAACGCUUUGAUUAUAGCCAUUUUCAUUGUAAUGUACACUAUUCUUUCAGCAGUUUUUAUGUUCACCAUUGGGACAUUUUUUAAUCAUUCUACAAAGGCAUUGCUCACAUCGAUUCUGUUUUGGCUUGCUCUGACACAUCUUACCGUCGUUCUCGAUCACUUUCUAAUUACAGAAUCCAUUCUGUCAAAAAUUGGUUUGCUGAUUCUGCCACACGGUGGCUUGUUGUACGGGCUGGUAGCCUUCACGACUCGUACGGAUUUUAGUGAUUACGAACAGGAAGAUUUGAGAAAUAUAUUACGGAAGGUGAAACCGCAAACUUACAGUAGCUCUGAUUCAUGUUUGUGGCCGCGAUGGCUCUCCGAUGUGAUAACACUACGGGAUGUUCACGAUAUUAUUCACGCUAGAGACCAAAUUUCCAUUGGCAUGAUUCUGUUCGUAUGGAGUUUGCAUAUUAUCUUCUGGUUUUUGUUAGCAAUAUACUUGGAUAAUAUUAAUCCGGGUAAAUUCGGCAGUGCAAAGCCUUGGUAUUAUUUAUGUAAGAAGCCUACUCACACUGAUGAGGAAUUAAUGAUCCAAGGAUCAACCAAUUGGUCAGCAGUGGAGAGUACACCAUCAUACAUAAAGCCGUGUAUUCGGGUAAGAUGUGUUACCAAGAAAUUUGGUAGAAGAUAUCUUGAUGAUUGUGUCACAGCUAUAAAUAAUAUAACAAUUAACUUUUACGAUAAAGAAUUUACCGUUAUUCUUGGUCAUAACGGCGCGGGCAAAAGUUGCUUGUUGAAACUUAUUAUAGGUAUAUACAAAGCUACCUAUGGCCACGUUUACUUGGAAAGAAAGAAUCACAGUGAAAAUCACAUAGUUGGUUAUUGUCCGCAGUCAAAUAUAUUGGUGAACUAUUUAACAACAUUGCAGCAUAUCUAUAUGUUUGGAAUGAUGAAAAGAAUGAAAUAUCUGGACGCUUAUAGAGAAGCGAUAAACUUGUUGAAAAAACUUGACUUGGAAUCUGUAAAAAAUACAAAGGUGAAAUAUUGCUCGUUCAGUACACAAAGAAGAAUUUGUUUAGCAAUGGCACUUAUUGGCAACACCAAAAUUCUAAUUCUUGAUGAACCUAUGCACGGACUUGAUCCUGAGCACAAAAGACAAGUAUGGGAUUUACUUUCGGAUGUAAAAAGAGAAAAGACAAUAAUAAUGGUAACAAAUUCUAUGGAAGCUGCUGAUUUGCUUGCCGACAGAAUUAUGAUUAUUGCGAACGGAAAGAUCGAAUGUUACGGGUCGAAGAUGUAUUUGAAUCGUCGAUACGAAAUCGGUUAUGUCUUAAGUCUGUUGGUGCAAGAAGAUUGUAAUGUGGAGAGAAUUCGCGCGGAAAUACAAGAAUUUUCUGCAGAUCCAAUCACUCUGCGUGGUAUGAUGGGUCUAGUGAUAAGAUUCGACGUACCAAGAAGCAGCCGAUUUACUAAAUUGCUCCGACAUCUCGAAUCCAAUAAGGAAGAGCUGAGAAUCGUAUCGGUUGCGUUAAGUGCGGCAAGCAUCGAGGGUCAAUUUCUCAGAAUAGGCUUGGAAAGCCAGUUCAAAGAACGAUGUGUAAAAUUACCUAGCAACAAGUACGAACUUGUUGUCCAAGAGAGACGACGACAUUUGCUACGAAGAGCUAAACAAUGGAAACGCUUGACUGGCAAGGUUUUAUGGCGACAGCAAAUUCUCGCGAUGUUAUGCAAAAAAUUACUGCACAUUAUUUCGGCCUGGAAAAUAUACACGUUUUCAAUGAUAUUAGCGAUCGUUACUCUUACUUUGACCACGAUGAUUGGUGAAUUGAGCAGUUUUGAGCUUUUUGAUAGAACCGAGACGGUAAUGAAUCUCACAAAAUAUAUGGACAACAAUCUCCAUGUACUGUACUACGCAGUCGAUGACAAAUCCGCAAAAGACUUUCUUGUUACAUUGUAUACUACUGGUCAAGCGUAUAGUGAAAGACAAAACUAUCACGUUUCAAAGCACAUCACAGCCACCGAUAUUAUGACUCAUCCUGAUUUGCACUCAAUAGAGUUUAGGGAUCGUUACGUGAUGUCCGUUGACAUAUACGCAGACGGACGUGUGCAACUCAUGCAUUCGCCCACCGCGGUGCACAGUGGGCCGAUUGCGUUAAAUCUGCUGCACAACGCGUUGCUGCGUUAUCACUGUGGCUCGGACUGUUGGAUCAAGCUAACGAGUCGACCGUUGGUAAAUCCACAACAGUGGCAACAUUUGCUGGUCCAUCCGCGCAGUGUGCGGAAUUGGGAAAACGCCGCCAUAGUGAUAACUUUGUUUCUUCUUCUACCUUCCAUUGACAUGGGGAUACGUGAACGGAAUACGCUUUCAAAACUGCUGCAGACCAAUGCGAUUGGCAUGUCCACGCGGAUCUACUGGUUCACGAUGUAUAUCAUUGAUUUCUUGUUAUAUGCGCUCGGCAUAAUAGUUUUGGGAGUUGCGAUUCUAAUCGUCUAUAGACACACAUUGCAUUCAUCAAGUUUAGAAAAUGUUCAAGUGCUGAUGAUAUUUUUGUGUUACGGAGGAUAUGCCAUUCCGUUAGGCUAUUGCAUACAACUUUUCACAAGAAAAUCAGAGAACGUGUAUCUAGUUGUGAUACUAAUUAACAUUAUUGUUGUACUAUUGGUGAACAGCUCUCUAAUAUUUCCAUUGACGCUUCGCGUAGUUAGCGGCACUGGAAGAUACAUAGUCGAGGCUCUAAUACAUAUAUUUCCCCCGUAUGUUUUAGUUUGCGCUUUGAGCAAUUACAUUAUGCUAAGUUUAUAUAACAGACAGUGCAGCUACUUCAAUAUGUGUGACACGGAGUUUUACAUUGAAGAUCCUUGUUGUCAAAACAGGAAAAACAAACAUUACUAUAAGCAGAUAAACGUAAUGUUAAUCAAACAAUCCGGCUCUGAAUACUAUCAUUCGGUCAUAGACGACAUACUUUUAAUGAUAUCUCAAUCGAUCGCUCUUCUUAUAAUAGUGAAUAUUUUUGAAGCAAAAAAUCGUAGACAGUGGUGCAACAACUCAAAGUUUCCUAUUAGAGAUAACAAUAAUGUAGAGCCGGAAGUAAUGGAAGAAAGAAAGCAAGUUGAAAAAAACAUAAAACAUUAUGAUAAAACAAAAAUGCUUCCACAACAAGUUGCCCUUGUUGUUCAAAAUUUAAGAAAAGAGUACAGUGGAAAAGCUGUAGUUCAAGGUGUCAGUUUUAAUAUCUUUAAUCAAGAGUGUUUUGGUCUGUUGGGAUUUAAUGGUGCAGGAAAAUCGACGAUAUAUAAUAUGCUAACGAGUCACACAAAAAUAACCGCUGGCAGAGCGGUGUUAUACGAUUAUGAGUUUAACAAAAGUCAAGACAUAUUUCUAGGUAUGAUAGGAUACUGUCCACAAACCGACGGAUUGAGCGAUUUUAUGACGGGAAGACAAAUGUUGCAACUUCAUGCGGCACUACGUGGCGUUCCGUAUAAUUCUAUUAAUGAAGAAGUAGAUAAGUGGUUGGAUGUGCUGGAUAUGUUGGACUUUGAAAAUUUAAAAAUUUCUCAUUGUUCCUGGGGAAUUCAGAGAAAAUUUUGUAUACUGCAAAGCCUAAUCGGCGAUUUGCCGAUGAUAUUUAUGGAUGAACCUACCACCGGAAUUGACAUAAUGACCAGACACGCUCUUUGCGAAGUAUUGCAUCAAAUGCGCAACAUGGGACAAUCUAUAAUGAUUACUACACACAGUAUUCCAGAAGCAGAAGCAAUGUGUCUGCGCGUCGGAAUAUUGAGUAACGGCCAGUUUACUGCAAUUGGAUGUUGCGAAGAUUUAAGGGCAAAACACGGUCGCAACUUUAUCUUGAUUAUCAAAAUAAUACCGGGAUUUCAAAUUGCACAUUUUGAAAAAUUCAAAACAAUUAUUAACGAGACUUUUCCAGACAUAAAGUUUAAAAUUAAAGAUAGUUAUUUGGGUGUUCUCAAAUACGAGUUGGAGAGUGAUAUUGCUCAUAGUUACGUAUUUGAUAAGCUUGAAAAGUUAAGACAAAAAUACGUGUGGAUAACGGACUUUUCUGUUACUCAGCCGUCUAUGGAUGAGGUAUUUUUAACUUUAGCAAAACUACAUCUAGACUCUGAAACACACAUAGAGUCUAAAAAAGUACCGCUUUAUAAACGUUUACAUAAAGUUAUGAUUUACUUGAUGAAAGAACUUUUGCUGGUCAAAUAUGUUCACAUCCUGAUUGGUCAGAAUGUGAAUCUAACCGGUCAGAAUAUGAAUCUAACUAAUCAGAAUGUGAACUUAACCAAUCAAAAUGUGAACCUAAUCAGUCAGGAUGUAAACCUAACAGGUCAGGAUGUGUAA